CGCUUUCCUACGACUGCCUCUCUUCUUCCCUCUCAUUCUUUAUUAUUUCCCUCCCUUCUCUCUUCCUCCCUUCUCCCUUCUCUUUCUCUCCCUCCCUUCUCUCUCUCCCUCCCUUCUCUCUCCCUCCCUCCCUUCUCUCUCUUCCUUCCUCUUCUCUCUCUAUCUCCCUCCCUCCCCUCUUUUUUUCUCUCCCACUCUUCGCCCUUCCCCUUCCUGGAGAAGCGGAAAAUGUAAGUCUGGGUGAGAGGACACGGAGCAAGGGGCAGAGGCGCCAUGAUUAUCUAGGAGUUUUACAGUGAUGAGCUGUAACAGUCUUUGGAUGGGAGUCUGAUGGACAUCUGGAUCUGCUGAGGGAAGGAGUAAAUCCCAUGGCAGGAAGUGCUGAUGUGUGUAACAGUACUGAUCUUCCAGAGGUGGAGAUCAUCAGUCUGCUGGAGGAGCAGCUGCCCCACUACAAGCUGAGAGCAGACACCAUCUACGGGUAUGACCACGACGACUGGCUCCACACCCCUCUCCUCUCCCCCGAUACCAACCUGGACCUCACCGUCGAGCAGAUUGAGGAGACACUGAAGUAUUUCCUUCUAUGUGCUGAAAGAGUGGGCCAGAUGACUAAGACAUACAGUGACAUAGAUGCUGUUACUCGUCUGCUUGAAGAGAAAGAACGGGACUUGGAGCUCGCCGCCCGCAUCGGCCAGUCACUGCUGAAGAAGAACAAAACCCUCAGUGAGAGAAAUGAAUUCCUGGAGGAGCAAGUGGAGCACAUUCGAGAGGAGGUUUCUCAGCUGCGCCAUGAUCUGUCUAUGAAAGAUGAGCUUCUCCAGUUCUACACUAGUGCAGCAGAGGAGAGUGAAGGAGAUUCGUCCAGCUGUACCCCCAUCCGCCACAAUGACUCCACACUGUCGGUGCCAAGUUACUUCCCCCUGGACUCCCUGCAGAAGAAACUCAAAGACCUGGAGGCAGAGAACAUCUCUCUUAGAUCAGAGGCCAGUCACCUGGAGACGGAGACAGAGGAGUACGAGGAGAAGGAGCAGCAGCUGGUCAACGACGUCGUCAAAGAGCUGAGAGAUGCCAACCACCAGAUGUCCACCCUGGCGGAGGAGCUGGCGAGGAAGACGGACGACGCGUCUCGCCAGCAGGAGGAGAUCACACACCUCCUGUCCCAGAUCGUAGACCUGCAGAAGAAGUCCAAGUCUUAUGCAGUGGAAAACCAAGAGCUCAUCCAGCAUCUAGGAGCUGCCAAAGAUGCCCAGCGCCAGCUCACUGCUGAGCUGAGGGAGUUGGAGGAUAAGUAUGCAGAGUGUAUGGAGAUGCUCCAUGAGGCCCAGGAAGAGCUGAAGAACCUCCGGAAUAAAUCCCUGCCUCUCAGUACACCCCGACGCUUCCACUCCCUGGGCCUGUUCCCUAUGGACUCUCUAGCUGCUGAGAUUGAGGGCACCAUGAGGAAGGGGCUGGCUAUGGAUGACCCGGAAGUGGAAGAGCAGAAGUUGCACCCCAAGCGUGUGUUUGAGACUGUGAAAAACAUUAACCUGAUGCGUCAGCGCUCCUCUCUGGCCCCGUCUCCCAUGAACAUCCCCGGCUCCAACCGGUCGUCCUGUCUGAACUCUGGCCGCUCUAGCUGCCUGUCCACGCCCCGCUCCAGCCUGUACGGAGGGGAUAUGGGGAGCAUCCUCAUAGACAACCACACCAACAGCUUCAUACUGGAGACUCCUGACCACAGUGAGGAUGACUCCAACAAGAAACCAGGGACCCCUGGAACGCCGGGCUCUCAGGAUCUGGAAGCAGCCCUGCGACGUCUCUCCCUGCGGCGGGACAACUACCUGAGCGAGCGGCGCUUCUUCGAGGAGGAGAGGGAUCGGAAGCUCCAGGGGCUGGUGGAGAAGGGAGAGGUGUACAACGGCAGUAUGACCCCCACAGAGAGCAUCAUGUCCCUGGGAGGAACCCACCCCUCUUCCAUCUGGUCUGGGUACUCCUUCUGCUCCCGCUCCUACCUGCCGGAGAAGCUGCAGAUUGUCAAGCCACUGGAAGGCUCAGCCACCCUGCACCAGUGGCAGCAGCUGGCCCAGCCCAACCUGGGUGGGAUCCUGGACACGCGGCCUGGUGUGGUCACUAAGGGCUUCCGUCCUCUGGAACUAGACCUGGAGCACAUGUACCUGUUCACUGACUUUGAGGAGGAGGACUUUGAGGUGGUGGAGGAGUCUGACCACCUGUCUGUCCACAGCCUCUCUGCCUCAGGCUCUACCCCCGUCUGUAGUGGCAUCUCCAUCCUCAGCCGGCAGGGCCUCCGUACCCGCUCCUCCUCCUGCUCCUCCUCCUGCAGCGGCAUCAACAACAACCUUCCAGAGGGAGGGGUUGGGGGUGAUGGAGAAGCCAGGGAAGAGGGCGAGACACUAGGCCCAGGCAGCACAUCACUGUCGUCCCCCGCACCUCCAGACAGAGAGAACCAGGAGAACCAGGAUCAGGCUGCAGCCGCUGACGGGGUGUCCGCCCACUACCCUGGUAAAUGCAUGUCCAACACCAGCUCCACCUAUACCUUCACCACCUGUCGGAUCAUGCACCCCUCAGACGAGCUGACCAGAGUCACCCCCAGCCUUAUGUCUGGCCCUACUGCCUCCUGCGUCAUGACCAGCAGCAGCAGCGUCAGAUCUACCCCCUGCUCAACCCCUUGCACCCCGCGCCGCCUCAGCCUGGCAGCCGAGUCCUUCACCAACCUGAGAGAUUCCACCAAGACCAUGAGCACUAGUGGAGGUCUGGUGCGGCUCCUCCAGGAGCGAGGCAUCUCUGCAGCAGUCUACAACCCUCAGAGCUGGGACCGAGCAGACUGUAGCACCUCUAUCACCACUGGAGGGGUACCGUCGCUUCUACCGCCGCGGCCCCCCGACACCCUACCCUCCACGCCGCCCAACUCCCCAACCCACCGCUCCCUCUGUGCCCAACCCAGCAGCCCCGUGGGCCCCUUCGAACUCAGUCCCAGCGCCCCGCCCUAUGACAACUUCCUGGCGUCGAAGCCGGCCAGCUCCAUCCUGAAGGAGGUGAGGGCAGAGGCCCAGAGCAGUGAGUCAGCAGACAGCGAUUGUCAGACUGACGUCAGCGUCCACAAUCUGAAGCUGGUGGACAAGCUGAAGCGCUUCAGCGUGGCUGGGGCCGGCCCCUCUUUAUCAGGGGCCACGGGGCCCACCAUGCUGGGGCCCCUCAGCGGCCUCCACCGCCCUUCCCACUUCUGCCCUUCUGUGGUGACCAGUCCGAUAGGGGGCCUCGGCCCCGCUCUGAACGCAGGCAUCCGCCGUAACCGCAGCUACCCGGCCAUGGUAGGGGCCGGCAUGGCUAUGAAGGGCCCGGGGCCCCACAGCCCCACAGACAUGCUCCUGGCUUCUUCCUCCAAGCUCCUCAGACAGACUAGUCUCAAUGAUGGGUGAAGGAAUGUUGACUUUUCUCUUCUGUCUGUCACCUGUCAGAUGAGUUGGAUGUAUAUAUAGCUGCUGUAUGAGUCCCCGGUCUGUGACAAAUCAACUCUGUGCCUGAAAGAGAUGCCCUUUCUUUUUACAGUGCAUUUUGUAUCAAUGCUAAUUAUUUUGUCUUCCUUUAUCUUUCUUUCUCUAUUCUGUUUCUCUCUCCUCUCCUGUCCUCUCUUUCUCUAUUCUGUCUCUCUCUCCUCUCCUGUCCUCUCUUUCUCUAUUCUGUCUCUCUCUCCUCUCAUGUCCUCUCUUUCUCUAUUCUGUCUCUCUCCUCUCCUGUCCUCUCUUUCUCUAUUCUGUCUCUCUCUCCUCUCCUGUCCUCUCUUUCUCUAUUCUGUCUCUCUCCUCUCCUGUCCUCUCUUUCUCUAUUCUGUCUCUCUCUCCUCUCCUGUCCUCUCUUUCUCUAUUCUGUCUCUCUCCUCUCCUGUCCUCUCUUUCUCUAUUCUGUCUCUCUCUCCUCUCCUGUCCUCUCUUUCUCUAUUCUGUCUCUCCUCUCCUGUCCUCUCUUUCUCUAUUCUGUCUCUCUCUCCUCUCCUGUCCUCUCUUUCUCUGUCCUGCUUUUCUUUCUCUGUCCAGCUUUUCUCUCUGCUUACAACCUUCAGUAAAUAGUACCAUGAUGUGUUAUUGUUUUAUUGUUGAUUGGCCCUGCAGAUCGGUAGGCUGAAGAACAUGUACUGUAGCACCUGUUAUCUGUUUAGGAAACGGAGCGCUUCCAAGCCCAGGUAAACUCAUAUUAAAAAUCUAUUUAUUUUAUUCCCAGGUCUAAACGUAUACAUGUAGAGAGAAAACACUGUCUCUUCCUGUUAAUUAGCCAAUGAGUGGCAAGCAGUACCAACGAACGCACCUUAAGUGGUAUUUAAGGGUGUUCUGUGACAUCCAUGACAAUAUGCACAUAACUAAGACCUUUAUUGAGGAAAUGAAGUGGUGGAGGUACAGUUCAUACUACUAGCUAGCACAAUACUGGGCAACAACACAUGUUAUUCACCUCAGAGUUUAUCCAAAUAAAGAGUGGGAAGGAGCCACACUUGAAGCUAAGAGGGAUGCAUGGAUGUUUGCCGUGAAUGAAUAGGCUGUGGUUUGAACUUGGAUACAUUGUAACAGACCAACAUGAUUUCUAGACAUUUGUGUGCAGUGCGAGUAAGUGAACUUGUGUGUGUAUGAAGUUGAUGAAAGAUUUCCCUAUAGGCCUAGAUAGUCUAAGAAAGGCUGGAGUCAUUUGGUUACGGUGAUAAUCAGAUAUACAGGACAUUUCAACCAGAGCCCACUAACUGCUGUCUCCCAAUACAAAAAGUGUGUAGGAGAGUUCUCUAGGAGGGACGCCGUUGACUUUUAUGAGAGAAACAUUAUACAAGUUAGAUUUUUUUUCUGCCUUUCAUCUUUCUGGUAACAAGCUUUGGUGACUGAACUGUUAGCUUUAAACUAAAGCCACUGUACUGUAAAUGAAGUAGUCGAACGGAGAGAUGGAGGGAAAACGUCCUAGUGCCUCAUACUUUACAUAGUUCCCUUGUUGUUGGGCUGAUCUGUCUGGUUCCACCCUGGUAUGAGCAGACAGCUGCCCGGUGUUCUGAGGAUAUCCUCCUCGUAGGAGUUUUCACUUGAACUGCAGAGAAGAUGAGCUCUCAUUACAUCUUGGAUAGAUGCAGUACAUGUGUUGAAAUAAAGAAGAGACACCUAUUAUUUAUCAUUAACCUCUGACAAAAGUAGAGAUUCGUCCUUGCUGACAUUGUGUGUAACUUGAAUAUCCUUUGAAUGUAUUGAUUAAGAGCAGAAAAUAUUCUGUCCAUAUGUGUCUGUUGAUUUAAAGGAUGGUUUUACUGCAUUUCAACCACAAAGGGAAUUAUUAUUAUACUACUUGUACAUUGUAAAUGGUAUGUAUGCAAUGAAUUUAGCCAUGUUAACUAUUUUUUAAUAAACUAGAAAAUAUAUAUAAGGGACAAAAAUGUUGUUCAGGCAAUGAAGUGGUCAGAACACUGGUAUAAAAACAAAAACAAGGGUUUUGUGUUCCGGAAUUUCAAGAGCACCAAUUUGCAAAAAAGGCUAUUAUCAAUAAAACAAUUGAUAUGA